GAAAGUUUAAGUGUGCUUCAUUGUCAAAAUCCUCCAAUUCUUCACCGGGAUCUCAAACCACAAAAUGUUUUGAUCGAUGUGACCGGAAGAGCAAGAUUAGCUGAUUUUGGCAUAAGUAGACGUUUACUCCAAGGCCAAACGACUUUGCGCACAGCCAGCGCAGGAACAAAAUGCUGGAUGGCCAGGGAGACUUUAGCAGUAGAAGCUGACAUACCGUACAAGUCAAGCACUGAUAUACAGGUGGCAGGGAUGCUGAUUUAUUACAUCCUCUCUGGAGGACACCAUCCGUUCGGUGAUAAACCCUAUGAGUAUGAGUACAACAUUCAUGAAGGGAAGUACAAUUUGGAACGCGUUCAAGACAUGGUGGCAAAGGAUCUCAUCGAGUGGAUGAUCCAUGAAGAACCAAAGAAAAGACCUGAAGUGGAACAAUGCUUGAUUCAUCCCUUCUUCUGGACCAAGGAAAGGAAAGUAGAUUACUUGCGAAGGAUUGGUAACAGGGAGGAGGUGGCAAACUAUCGAAAUGCCGACCAGGAACUGAUUUGUUCACUGGAAGAAUGGGCUGGGGAUGGAUCUUUCAAACUGUGGAAAAAUAAGUUUCCACCAGAGUUGGUCCGGAAGAUGGAUGGCAAGAAGAAAGCCUACAAUGAAAACACUUUGGGAUUACUGCGCUUCAUACGAAACCUCCAUGAGCAUUAUGCUAAGGAUGCAGCCCAAGUUGAUGUGAUGACGAUAUUUCCUGAUCUCUUUGGAUGUGUUUACAAGUUUGCCAAAAACCGAGGGUGGAAUUCAGACACUCCGCUGAUGGAAAUGUUUCUAAGGGGAGACAUCACCACCAGCUUUGUAAUGCUGUCCUCAAGCCUUAAGGAGCACCUCGGUGUCCCAGUUCAAGAGUCUCAACCCAGUGACUGGAAGUGAAGUUUGAUUUUAAAAGGAUUAAGGACUUGACUUUAGGGUGUUAUGAGCAGGUCAUUUCGUGAUUGUUGAAAUCCUAAUCCAUUUGAAGUGUAAUAAAACAAAGGAUAAACAUUUUCAGUAUGUUCAUUGGAAUAGAGCACAUGUGGGAUGGGAUAUGUGUCUCCAAUAAGGUCCUGGAUAUUGAAAAUAACAGAAAUUGUAGCGACUACUUUUCCAAAAGGCCGCUGGGAGACUUAGUAGGCUUUUGUCUGUGACACAUCCACAAAAUCAUACUGAAAUCCAAAUGACGUUUUACUGAAGUUUAUUGAAUCAAAAAAUCAAAAAGGACUGACAAGCAGCUGUUCCAGAAAAUAUAUCGGAGCUCUACCAACUCCCUUU